AUGUUCCGUCGCGUAGAGGAGGGCUUACCGCCCGAUGCGUCUUACCCAGCCGACAUGAAGAAAUUGGGAUACUUUAUCAACGAGGCUGGUCAUAUCCGCAUGAUCGCGUAUCCCGACCAGGGGUUUCAAUAUCACUUCAGCAACCAGGAGCGUCACAAUGAGGUGCACAGAGAAGCAAUACAGAUUUGUUGGAGACAAGAAGUUGCUGACCGACUGGCUGCCCUGGGACUCAGCAAGUUAUACCUCCCAACCUUGACUACUACCAAGCCAGAGGCUCAACCCCAUAUCCCGAUUUUGGCUCCACCGGCCAAGAUCCUGAAAUCACGAAAGCGGGUUGUCGUAAUCAUCAAUGACUCCCUGCAAGACCUCGGCAUACUAGCCUAUCGACAAAUGCAGCGGGGGCUUGGGCUCAAUGGCGGAACCAUUGUUAACUUUGCUAAAGAGAUGGUCCACCGCUCCACAGAGUCUGGGGAUGAGUUCGACAUCUUCCGGGACCGUGCUGGUGUCGAAGGUAAAGAGAAAGACAUCCCGGGACUGAUCGUCAUGAACACGGGCCAGUUGCUCUACUCCCACAAGUACAACGAGGCCUUGACGGUACGUUCAUGGCUGUCGAUGCCGCGAAAGUCAAUCUGUCACGAGUCCAUCAAAAUCCAUGAAGUCGAGAACAGGGUCGAGGGGCAUCGUACUCCAGAAGAACACAUAAAAACCGUGUUCGACCGAAUCAUCAAGAACCCGGACUUUGUGGCGCCAGAUGCAGAGGUCUAUGCCAUUGGGAUUGAGAACGGCGCUGACUACCUUCUUGAUGUCCUCAAUGGCGAUAUGGAUAAGUACGGCUCCCGAAUCACUGCCUUAGCCCUCGCCCAACCCAGCUAUGUCUCUUCGCAGAUCUGCAAUGCGAAUCUCAAGGCAUUCCUUCGUCAGAGGGCGCGCAAGUGGAUCUUGUCUCCUCUGUCAUCUGAUCCACACGACUGUGUUGAAAUGCCACCAUCGGCCGUUCGUGCAGAUGGCGCGCCAACCUCAUCCCAAACGGCUAAGCCUAGUAAACCUGUCAGCUGGCUCGAGACGCUUGUUCCACCGACCUCGGUUCCCGCCAUCUCAGGCCUGCUCAACCGCUUCUCACUAUCUACCGCCCACCAAGCCCAAUCCAGUCGAGAGCCCUCAUACGAUAGCGAUGACCGAAGCCCAAUCUGUCCUGCUUUCGCGGGGGGUCUCAGCUCAAUCGGUGAAUGCGUCUUCACCAAUUCAGAACUUCAGAAAUGCAUCCUCAACUUCUUCGAAGAGGUCGCCCAGAACCCGGCCGAGUUUCGCAAUCCAGAUUUCAAAGUCAUCAUAGCAGAUCCCAUGCAGGCGGAGUGGGAGCAUGCUGCCGAAGAGGGACAGGGCGAGGACGAUGAGGAUGCAGGAUAUCGGGAACUACUGCCACCAGGAAUGUCUCCCGAGCGAGAGGAGAUCGACGACCAGAAAGCACGGCUUAUCAACAUGAAGGAGUCUCUCAAAGCUACGCCAAAGAAUGACCCAGAACUGGAGAUGGGCAGGCAAGGUCUCGAGAAACGAAUUGUCAAGGCUGAGCAUGAGCUCCAGGAAUUGGUCACGAAAGCCAUGGCAACUGGUGCUUUGAAGCAUGGAGAAGCCCAGGAGGUCCGAGAUAAAUGGGAGACGGUUGGGAAUGGGCCGAAGAUUCCGUUUGCCGGUACGAUGGUCGAUAGUGAACUAGUGAAGGGGGCCGGGCUGCUCGAUACAGCGGAAGAAGCCCUGGCCAAUCUGGAGGAAGAAAUUGGGGUUGAGCAGACAUUGACACCGGCGGCCUGAGGAAGAUCUGCAACCUCAAGUCCUUGCCCAGCAGAUACGAGGGUGCGUACGAAGGAUAUGAGGGCAUCGGUUUGAAGGGUGUACGGAUAUUCCACACUGGUGUUACCUACACCGGUGUUACAUUCGCUUCUGGGGUUUGAAAAUGGGCGCUGUGCUGUAGGGUAUGGGCUCUAUUCUCACAAGGGAAUUUCAUAAAUGG